UGAGCGUAGCCACGCCACCGACGUGAACAAUUUCUCACUCCGCCCAAUCAACGGGAGGUUUGACACAAAAUGCUGGAAACACAGCGGGUGAGGAGGCAGCAUCCAUCCAUGGAGGGAAGGAAUGGGUGAAGUUUCGGGUCGAGACCCUUCUUGAGACUGAUUAACAGGAGGAGCGGCCGUCAAGGCUGCACCAAUAGCGAGUGCCCAGCAACUGGAUGGCAACCAAUGGCAGUCCUGCCUGCAGAGCGACCAAUCACAGCUCAAGCUGAUGCGCGAAUGCGGUUGGCCAACGCGAGGCCGAUUGUUCUUCUCUCCAAUCAGCAGCAGCGCUGCAAGAAGGUUGUCCAAUCACUCGCAGCCCAUCACAAGUCCCAGCGGCCAAUCAGCGCAGCAACUGUAUGGCAGUGACCAAUGAGGUUGAUCCCUCGCCCACCAUGAGACGAGUUCGGUAUCGCCAUAAUCGCAAGGAAUCAUGGGAUUGGUCAAAGGUCAUUCUGAGUAAAGAAAAAGCAAACGAAGGCUGUAUAAACUGUGUGCAUUUCGGUCUGUUUUUUGUCUUCUUUGAAUCUUGCAUUGGUUAUGGCUGACCCAAAUUACGACAAUAUGACAGUGGAUGAUUUUCUGCGAUGGAAAGUUGAAGCAUUGAAGCAGUUUUUAGCAGACAGGGGAUUGAAAAAGACGGGACGAAAAGCCGAACUCGCUGCUCUUGCUUAUGGUGCAGUGUACAUGAAGAAACCUGUGCUACCGACUGCAGGUGAAGAAAAACAUCAUCAUACUGAUCAGUACAAGGAACUCUUGAAAUGUGGAGAAAAAAUUCUUCCCGAUCCUAUGAGCGAACUGAAAGAUGGGUGGCUUGGAGAAUCGCAAGGACUAAUCUGCUGGCCUCCCACAUCCAUCGUCGAGCUGUCAAAUCAUCUUGGCCGUUAUGAUGAGGCUAACCAGCCAGCUACUUCACAGAAGUCUCGCCUGCUUAGCGACUACAAAGAAGGCAAGGCCUAUAGCUAUUUUGAUGCUAGAUGGCUGAAAGAAGUAUUUUUUCAUCCCAUCUCUGAUGAUUCAGCAAUGUGUUUUUUGAAAGCAGACUGUGCGCCUUCUGUAAGAGUACGCCAAAACCCCCAUAAGCCAUGGGUGUGCAUCGAGAAGUCAUCUGGCAUUAUUCACUCUGCUUACUGCAGCUGUCUUGCCAGGCUUCAUUCAACCUGUAAUCAUGUGGCUGCUAUUCUCUUCAAACUCGAUUAUGCUUAUCAAAGAGGAUGGACAUCUAAAGAGUGUACCACGCGACCAUGUACGUGGGGUGAAGCGACCGCGAAUGAAAUGCUGGAAGGAAAACGCAUUUGUGACAUGGACUGGCGGAAGCCUAGCUACAGAGAUGGAGGGCCUGUCCCGCUUUCACGACUUAAUUCAAAACCUCCGCUGAGUUUUAAAGGACCUAAAAAAAAAAUCAAGAUCGUGGUCAUUUACAAACUCCUACGACUAUGUUCACGAACUCCUAUGAGUAUGUCUACGAAUUCCUAUGACUAUUUUGAUGCCCUCCUUACAAGUAAAAAGUUGCAAUUUUUGGAGGAGGUCCAGCACUUAGCAGCAUGGUGCGCUGACAACAACCUGGCCCUUAACUCCAAGAAGACCAAGGAGCUCAUUGUAGACUUCAGGAAGUCCAGAGGCGGCACGCACACCCCCAUCCACAUUAACGGGACGGAGGUGGAACAUGUUUCUAGCUUCAGGUUCCUGGGAGUCAAUAUCUCCGAUGACCUCUCUUGGACCCACAAUACCUCAACUCUGGUCAAGAAGGCUCACCAGCGUCUCUUCUUCCUGAGGAGACUGAAGAAGGUCCAUCUGUCUCCUCAGAUCCUGGUGAACUACUACCGCUGCACCAUCGAGAGCAUCCUUACCAACUGCAUCACAGUAUGGUAUGGCAACUGCUCUGUGUCCGACCGGAAGGCAUUGCAGAGGGUGGUGAAAAUUGCCCAACGCAUCACCGGUUCCUCGCUCCCCUCCAUUGAGUCUGUCCAAAGCAAGCGUUGUCUGCGGAGGGUGCUCAGCAUCGCCAAGGACUGCUCUCACCCCAACCAUGGACUGUUUACCCUCCUACCAUCCGGCAGGCGCUACAGGUCUCUCCGUUGCCGAACCAGCAGGUCGAGGUACAGCUUCUUCCCGGCGGCUGUCACUCUACUCAACAACGUACCUCGGUGACUGCCAAUCACCACCCCCCCCCGGACACAUUAUUAUUUAUUCAAAUCGUUUGCUAUGUCGCUCUUCCAGGGAGAUGCUAAAUGCAUUUCGUUGUCUCUGUACUGUACACUGACAAUUAAAAUUAAAUUGAAUCUGAAUCUGAAUUUCUUUCAACCCGCCCAUUUUUUUUACUCAUGGACAUUUUUUAUUGGGCUCGAAAAAACGUCCUGACUUACCUGAUGUCACGAGUACCUACGGUUAGCAUAAUGGGCGGCUACGAUAUAUCUACGAACUCCUUCGACCUUCUACUGACUCGUUAUGAACAUUCUGCGAGUUUGAAUCAAGGGGAAAACUCGGGAGAAUUUGUGAAUAACUCGUGAAAGUGGGACAGGCCCUUUACCCUGGAAAGAAAACCAAAUAUUCUGAUUACUAUUUCAGUCCCAUGUUUUUAUCAAGUGUUGAUGUCAACAUUAAAGUAUUGGAAGUUUGAGAAAUGUUUGUACAUGUAUGUACAUUGCUGAAGUUUGUAAAUUGAUCAUAGCAAUGUUAUUGUUUAAGGGCU